AUGUCCACCUUCUCCGCCCAACCUAUCGUCAUUGACGGCAAAGGACACCUUUUAGGUCGUCUUGCUUCCAUCAUCUCCAAACAGAUCCUCUCUGGCCAAAAGGUCACCGUUGUACGAUGUGAGGAGAUCAACAUUUCCGGUUCAUUCUUCAGAAACAAGUUGAAGUACCACAACUACUUGCACAAAAGACAUAUCGUCAACCCCAAGAAAUCUGGUCCUUUCCAUUUCCGAGCACCUUCUCGAAUCCUUUUCAAAGCUGUACGAGGUAUGGUCCCCCACAAAUCAUCCCGAGGUGCCGCCGCCCUCAAACGACUUGAAUUGUACGAGGGUGUUCCCCCAGCUCAAGACAAAGUAAAGAAGAUGGUUGUCCCCGCUGCUCUCCGAGUACUCAGACUCAAGCCCGGACGAAAAUUCUGUACUCUCAAGAGACUUUCAGCCGAGGUCGGAUGGCAAUACAAGGAUGUCGUUGACAGACUCGAGGAGAAGAGAAAGGUUAAGGGACAAGCUUACUUCGAGCGAAAGCAAGCCACUCUUAAACUUAGAGCCAAGGCUGACGCUUCCGUCGCUAAAAACGAGACUCUCACUCAAUUCGGUUACUAA